AUGGGCUGGACGGCGUCUGAUAGCCGUUUAGGCAGAGAAACCGCCGAGGAACUCCGCUAUAGCGGUCGGCUGGGGGUCCAGGCCGGAUUAAACACUGCGAGGGGAGAGAUCUGGCGUCUGAAGAACCAGCGCUCCCGACUUAUUUACGCGAACAGCCAGCAAACAGGGAACAUACUUUUCACGAUAUACAUAAAACGGGGUCCAACGCGGCUUGGAGCGGACGGUAUGACGAGCCGGCCGACUGAACGGGACGCAGAAUCUGCUCCCGGACGGUCAGUUGUUACAGCUGAGCGUCCUGUUCUCCAUCCACACCCCGACCCGCUGACUCUCCGCAUCUGCCGAUAUUCGCCCCCCUCUCUUACGACAUCGAUCGCUGCCACUCUCAGCCUGGUUGCCGUAACGCUCCGCCAUGCCAUUGCUCGGCCCAGCCUUCGGCAUAUACACAUGUACACGAUGGAGGGUAAUACGUGUGCCCUAUCAUGGCGAGAGGUGGCCGACCGUCCCCCGGCCCCGGCACAACCCAUAGGCCCUAGUUUGAUGAGGGCCUGGGACAAGGGUGUAUGGAGCACCGUCGAAGUGUUGGAUCACCAAAAGACGCCCGGCCAGAGGAUUUGGACUGCGGAGACUGGCCUACUGCUAGAAGAUCAGGCAGCUGGCAUGAAGGUGUUCAGUCGAGUCCCUGGUUCAAGUCCAUGUCAAGCAUGUGCUCGCUAG